AUGAAUUAUUGUAAAAUAGUAUAUAAAUAUAAUGUCAAAUCAUUAUUCAACAAUGUACGAACCUUCAGUAUCGCAUCUCAUUCAACAACAGAUAUGAGAACGCAGAACCCGGUCCAGUACAACAAAAAUAUCUUGAGAAAAACCAUAUUACCACUUCCAGAAUUUAAAAGCAGUAGAAGAAACUUUUCUAUUGAUGGUGUUGUGAAGUGGCAAGAGCAAACGUAUCAGAGUAUAUCAAGUAGUAGUUUAGUUAGCUACCUCCAAGACGGUUUAUUGCAUUUUCAUGAAGCUACCGGGUUUACUUGGUCAGCAACAAUUAUUACUACAACUAUUGUUAUAAGAGCACUCAUGACAUUACCUCUGUCUGUUUACCAGAACUACAUACUGGCUAAAGUAGAGAAUAUUAGUUUGGAGUUAAAAGAAUUAGUUAAUGAACUAAGGAAAGAGACAUCAAUAGCAAAGAAAAUGUAUAACCUUUCAGAUAAACAGGCUGCAUUGUUGUACAGAAGAUCUAUGAAGAAACAGUGGAGGUUGUUAAUAGAAAGAGAUAAUUGCCAUCCAUUGAAAGCGACUAUGUUAAUUUGGUUUCAAAUACCAAUAUGGGUCUGCAUGUCCUUUGCAAUCAGAAAUUUAGUAAACAUGUAUCCACCAGAUCCCUCUGCAGUAAUAACACUUAUGGAAUUACAGACUGGUGGUUUUGGUUGGAUUCCAAAUUUAACAGUGCCAGAUCAAUCUCUCAUAUUGCCUAUCACCUUUGGUUUAGUUAAUCUUACUAUUAUAGAAAUACAAAGGAUGUCAAAACUGAGAGAACCUUCAAGACUUCACAAUAUAUUCACAAAUGUUUUUAGAGGCUUUUCAGUCUUAAUGGUUCCUGUGGCUGCAGCUGUACCAUCUUGUCUAUGCUUGUAUUGGACAACCUCGAGUUUGUUUGGUUUGGCACAAAAUCUAUGCUUGCUUUCACCCUCUUUAAGAAGAAAGUUAAAAAUUCCAGAGGCCCCAAGUGAAUUAGAAGAUCCAUACAGACAUAUGAAAGAAGAAAUAAGUCUGAGAAUUAAAAAAGUUCUACCAAAAGGAUCAUCUUAG